AAAUGGAACAUUAAAUAUGACCUGUGUCCAAGAUCAACAAGUUCUCCUUCCACAUGAGGUCUUUCCUGAUAACUUCAUGCGGCGUGAAGUUCAAACAUUGGUUGUGCACUGCUAAUUUAUGGAAGAAGGAUGUAAAUGGAAAGGGGAAGUGCGAUAUUUGGAGAAUCACACAGUCAGCUGUGAAUUUCUUAAAGUUCCAUGUGUACAUCCUGAGUGUGGGGCACUAGUGAAGAAAGCAGAUCUUACUGAACACUUGGAGAAGGAGUGCAAGUGCAGGCUUGAAGCAUGUGGGUUCUGCAAAAAACAAAUCAAACUAAACACAAUGAAGUUGCACCACGAGAAGGAAUGUCCAGCAUACCCUGUUAAGUGUGAAAAAUGCAGUAAAGAUGACAUUAAAAGAGCCAAGUUGACACAACAUCAGGAUCCAUUUCUUGGAGACUGUGCUGGUAUACAGGGACCCUGUCCAUUCUCACAGAUUGGUUGCCCUGAAACUGAGGUCCUUACCCGGGAGCAAAGAGAAGAACAUUUGGAGCAAAUGAACACUUACCACACAACGUUGAUUUUGCGCCAUGCCCUACGAUUUAGCAGAGAACUAGAAGCAUUGCUGAUUCGAGAUCCAAGAAUCGUGUCCAGAGAUCCGCACAUCCUUCCAAAUUACGAGAGUGUAAUUACAGAUUUAGUCUCUCAAAUUCAAAUACAGGCGGGUGAAAAUAGAAAUCUGAUCCUAAAACAUCAAGAGCAGAGCGAAAGGAUCACCGCUUUGGAGAGAAAAGUGGCUUCGGGAAAUCUCUCAAGAGCUGGUCCUUCCGUUCAAAUAGCCAGUGGGUCCAGUGGGUCCAGUGGCGAUGCUCAAAAUCCUGAGAUUACACGAAGGGUCACUUUUGUUGAAAACCGAACCGCUGACCACGAGGUUCUUCUGGUGGAGAACAAUCGUACAAUGGAGGAAGUUAGACGUGACAUGGGUAAUAUGAAAAGACAACUUGAUACCACCCAGGAGAGCUCUAGGAGGCAUGACCGAAGGAUUGAAUCUAUCGAGCACACGCUGGCACUUAGAAAUGUAACCCUGGCUGAUUUGGAGGAAUACGUAAAACAACAAGAGUUCUCAAGCUACGAUGGCCAGCUGUUGUGGAAGAUUUCUGAUUACGCUCGCAAACGAAAUGACGCAGUCACUGGACAGCAAGUCUCCUUCUAUAGCCCUUGUUUCUACACCAGUCGCUAUGGCUACAAAAUGUGCGCCCGCAUUUACUUGAACGGGGAUGGAAUGGGCAGAGGAACCCACAUCUCGAUCUUCUUUGUAGUCAUGCGCGGUCAGUAUGACGCACUGCUUCGCUGGCCAUUCAGACAGAAGGUCACGUUCAUGUUGCUGGAUCAAGAUAACGUGGAACACGUGAUUGACGCCUUCAGACCUGAUCCGAACAGCUCAUCCUUCCAGAGGCCAAGAAGAGAAACUAACAUCGCCAGUGGAUGUCCAAUGUUCUGUUCGCUUGCUGAGCUGAACAAUCAUGCAUAUGUCAGGGACGAUGCCAUGUUCCUGAAAAUAAUUGUGGAUACAUCUGAUCUGUAAAGCAGAACUCGAACAUUCUUCCUUUGGUUGGUUCCAGUUAAGGCUAAACAAAUUUUCUUUAAUUACUUUAUGUUAUGUUAAUCAAACCACUGCACUUUUUAAGCUCAGGGUAUUUUAUUUGUCAUCUAUUUUAACUUUCAGGAAAGCUCAUGGCAACUGCCUGGGUACGGGUAGAAAUUGAGGUCAUUAAACCUACGUUGCGAGAAUAUGCUA